ACUGCAAUAUUACCUCAUUGGAUAGUUUGUAGCAGCAAGAUAUCAAAGCUUUUAAUAGUGUAAACAAAAUAGCUUUACUGGUUGCUUUAAUGGUGCAGAAGCAAUUUUGAAAUGAAAAAUAAAGUGAAUUGUUAACGAUUAGAUCCAGCACAUGGUGUCUGUUAUUUGGACAAAGACAAGACAGACAUGGAGCAAUUUGUGUGAAUUGGUUUGAUUGCUUGCCUUAAGGACUUUUAUUGUGCGCAUUUGCAUAUGAAAAAUACAGUGUAAGAUAUUUCAUCAGCUGACAAUAAUUGACAAUCUGGAGAACAACCCCGAGUACCUGAGGAUGAUCUCCAGUGCUGCCGAGGAGACGGCCCAACGCAGACGGUCGGCCGAGCAAGCCCCGCAAACACCUUUUUCUGAUGGAUUUCGUGACAAAAACGAAGAAGACGAAGAAUUUCUCAACAAAGUGUGUAAGUUUGAACUCAUUGCUCGUGGCAAGCCCACCUCCCCGACUGCUAAGAGUCCUGGAUACAAAAAUAGUUCAGGAAAGUUUAACAUUUCCUCGCCCGAUAGUCGCAGUUCUGGGCGGCGAUCAGGUGAAAGUUUGCAGAAUUACGCUGGUGAGAAAUUGUUUACAAAAGACACUGCAACUACCCGCGUGUCAGCAAGUCUUCUGCAGUCUUUGAAGUCUUCAAAACCUGAUACCAGUGGACAAGAUAUAAACUCGAAUUCUAUCGGAAAUUUUGGAAGUGUUUCUACAAGAAGGAAGUCAAAUGAAGCGAGAAAAUCUCUCACAAAAAGUUCUGAGAGUCCCAAAGCUAGCACCGUCGGUUCAAGCCCCAAUUCUAGCAAUGUGUUUUUCAAUACGCCCAUUUCUCCAGUAAGAAAGACAGAGCUUGCUUCUUCAGCCUUUUUUGAAAGCUUUUCGUCUCCAAAAUCUUCAGGUGUUUUAAGUUCCUCCACCAAAACUCAGGUGCUUACAAGUACACCCAAAGCUCCUUUGUUUACAACACCAAGUGUGAAUAUUGACCUUGUUGCAAAUAACAGUGUUAGCAAUAUAGAUGUAAGUGCAAAGACAAAUGGCAAAAAAACUGAUAAAGAUAAAAGUGAAAACAAAUUUCUUUCUGUUCAACAAGACCCUGCCAUUUCACGAAACACAUUUGAUGGGAUUGAUUUUGAUUUUAAUGAACUUACAGAGAGUCAAAAGGAUUUAACCCUGAAACACAGAGAAAUUGUUGCAGAGCGCAAACAAGAGCAAGAAAUGGAGCGCCUGGAGAAAAUUCGAUUGGAGGAGAUACUGAACAUGUGUGCAGAGUAUGAGAAACAGAUCGAGGAUGAGAGGUCUCAGAUUAUACGAAGACAGCAGGAGAAGUUCUCCUCCUCUGACCUAGUUACGCCCCCAAUACCUCCACUGCCUGUACAGUACCAGCAUUUACAACAGGGACACACUCCUUUCGGCACCAAAAUCAUGGGUCCACCCAUGACCUUGGGUUUUCAAGGUCAGACUUUUAAUCAAAAUCCAGGUCAUGUUCAUACAUUGCCGUUCUCUCCAUCAAGGUCAGUGCAUGUUCCAAACGGUCUUGAACUUGACACAAGGUCGCUAGAUAGGAAAGAUAUAGCUUUGAAAUCUGACCAGAGGUGCUCCAUGACUCAGAAAAUUAUGACAAAUGGAUCAUUAACGAUGUUGAAUUCCCCAACAAAUCCACAAAAGGAUUUCCAAUAUGGAUUCCAAAUGAGAAAAGCGGGUUCAAAUUCAUCGAAUUCUGAGGAGGAAUCAUUGUGUGGAAGUUCGGAAGAUACAGGUACAAUUAAACGAAGACCAAAUUCGAAUCAUUCAAAUCCUGGCUCGCUGGGCUCAGAUCGUCCCCUGAGUCCACGCACCACAGCCAGGAGCUCGCCAACCGUCCAGACAUCAAAAUACAUCAGCCAAUCAAAACCAAGCAGUCUUGCAGUGUCAAACAAACCUGAUGAAUAUAUGACAGCUUCCUUUCAGAGCAGCAUGGCAACAUCAUCACAGCAGAUGGUCACUUCCACAGCCACACUGACCCUCUCAAGUCGACCUGAUCCCAGCCCAAAGACUGUGAAAAACGACCCUGACAGCAGUGAUUUCUCAAGGUCGUUUAAAAUUGAACCACUUAGAUUAACAAAUGUGAGUUUAGAUUUCGCGGAAAGAAAACCAUUUGAGAACCUAGAGGCUGGUAGUCAUAUCUCGACCCAUAGUGAACCAGAGUGUGACCUUAGGAUAGAGGAGAAUGUAAAAAGUGAACGGGACACGAAUAAUGUGCACCUUAACAACUCAUCUUCUGAUAGACUGUCCUCGGGUUCGGUUAAAAUCAGUCAAAGACAAUUUGAUUCAUUUGAAUCAACGGGCGAUAGGAACUCUGAAACAGAAUCCAUGAUGGCUUAUGGUGGCUCAGUCACUAAAGCUCCUAAACACAGGUGUUCUGACCACCAUGAUUAUGUGAACAUACCCAUAGACCCGGAGAAAUAUGCGGACCAUAUACGGUAUGCAGACAGGCGUAAAUAUUCAGGGGAACACUCCAACAGUGGGAGCACUAGCUCGUCCACGGCCUCAACUGUGUGUGCAGCGCCAAGUUACCAUGGAUUUAUAAACAAUAUUUUGUCAUCGGGUUCACCCCGUGAUUCUGGGUCAUUGAACGGGUCCAAGUCCUCGAGCAUCGAAAAUGUGACACCUAUCAACAGCGACACUGAGUUUGUGGGGACCUGGGGGGGACACAGUUCUCGAGCAUCGUCAACAGCAACCACAGACUCCAGCGAAUGCAGUUGGGGAACAGUUGAUGAAGUGGACCCUUACAAGCAGUUGGAGAGGUUGAAGAACAACAAACACGACCUCUUGAAGAAGAUUGCCACCCUCAAACAGCAGAUCCUUGACAUAGAAAACCAGGAGGAUGAGGCCCUCAGAGGGAUGGAGGUUGAGAGAGCGCUGCUGGAGAGUGAACACCACACAGAGAUGGAGCGUCUCCAGGAUGACCAGGAGAAGAUACACGAGCUGCGCAGCAAGCAGAACAUGCUCAUGGAGAGGGCCUCCAGGCAGCGAGAAAAGGAGAUUGCGGUGAUCGAGCGUGAACGGCGGCGCCUGGAGGACCUUGAGCGUGCAAAGGCGGGCCUGGAGAGGCAGCUGGAGGUGUGUGCGCCAGAGGAGCAGUCCGCGCUUCUAGACAGGAUACAGAGGCAGAAGGAGCUGGUGGAUGUGCAGAGGAAAGUGUUUGAUGACCUCGAGUUUCAACAGCUUGAGUCGGAAGCCAAAUUUGAAGAAGAUCGUGAGCAAGUUCAACGUAGACUUUUAGCCGACCAAAAUGCAUUAUUAGACAGUUACAAAAGAAGGGAGGACAGUUUACGGCACAUCUCUCUACAGCAACAGGAAACUAUGACAGGGGUCAGGCAUGAAAUGGAGCGACUUCACAAUGAGAGGCAGCAGAAUAUCCACCUGUACCGACAGGAAAAGGUAACCCUGCAAGACCUGAUGGGCCGAAUUUCUGAGAUUAGUGAAAAAUUGUCAAAAACAAACAUUAAUGGUGAAGAGGAAGAAGAUAAAUUAUCACUUGAUUUGGAAACUCAUAUAGAGGAGCGAGACGAUGAACUUCGGCGGAAGAUUGAGGAUUACCUUCAGUCGCCCACCAUGCGCAACAACAACGCAUUCAAAGCACUUGAGAGCGCCAUUCAAAACACAAGUAGCAUCUCAUACGGGCUUCCACCCCUCACCCCCACAUCGCCCCAGCCUCUACCCGGCACAGGUGAGCGCAAGAAAUCUGCUACCCUACUGGAGAUUGAGAAAAACCACUCUCUCUUCUUGGAAACACAGGGAGGGAAUGUUAUCGAGCAUGAGAGACGCCGUAUAGAGGAGCUCCGUCGCCGGGCUGCUGACGAGGGGCGUGCCCAAUGGGAAGAGAAGAAACUACGGGAGGCGAACUGUAAGAGCUUCAACUCACUGGAGUCCGAGGACUCGAGCAUCUCCAGCAGCUGUGAGACACCUUCAGAGAGGGAAAUCAGUGUGAGCAGUGGGGAGGACAACCUUGAGAAGCUUCAGGAGCUGGAGAGACUUCUGGCCCAGGCUCAGAGUGAGAAAAUGAGGCUGCUAGAAGAACAGGUAGAGAUGAGUUCUCGGAAAAGUGAUUUGAUGGCCUUGCACGAGGAGCGUCAGAAACGAGAGGAGCUGGAGCGGAAACUUCAUGAGGAGACGCAACUACGGGAUGAACUAGUGACUCAGCAAAUCAAAUAUCGCGAAAAACAAAAAGUUCAAGCCCGUCCACUUACGCGGUACUUGCCAGUUCGAAGUCACGAAUUUGACCUCAAAGUGCACAUUGAGACGGCCGGACACCACCUAGACAUGUGUCCACACGUUGUAGUCAAUAACAACAGUGCUAGGGGAUUUCUAGUGAAAAUGGGGGGUAAAAUAAAAACCUGGCAUAAACGAUGGUUCGUGUUCGAUAGAACGAAACGAUCUCUUGUGUACUACACAGACAAAAGUGAAUCCAAGCCUAGAGGUGGAAUAUACUUCCAAGCGAUCGAGGAAGUGUACGUUGACCAUUUAAAGUCAGUGAAAAGCCCCAACCAAAAAUUGACAUUCUGUGUUAAAACGUUUGAGCGGACAUACUUCUUUGUGGCGCCCUCACCGGAGGCAAUGCGUAUAUGGAUAGACGUCAUAUUCACUGGUGCAGAAGGCUACCAACAGUUUAUGCAGUCAUAGUUGUCAUGUUGUGUUUGAAAUCAUUUUUCACUGUUUUUAUUGCAUAUGAUAGUGUGUCGAAACCUUGUGGCUUACACUCCCAGUCAUAGAUGCUGUAUCGCCUUCAGCAAAUUCAUAGCAAAGUUUCUUUAGUUUCAACAAAGUUCUUUCACAUAAUAUGUCUGCAAUAUUUAGAAAUUUACAAUAAUUCUUAUAAAUACAAUCUAAAUACAAAUGCAGAUUCUAGUUAUUUCCAUGCUGUCAGUGGAGUUACGUCACACUUAUGGACCUUAUUCCACACAAACAACUCGGCAGUUUGUUGUUUCUAUAGUUCUGCCAAAGCCAUUUUAGUCUUUUAAGACAUUUUUUCAGUUUAAAUAACAUGCCUAAAAUAUUUUGUGAGGUUUUACUCAUUUUUUAGCAUUGUUAAUGAAAAUGUGUGUAUAUUUGUGGCAAACUUAAAAAUAAAAGAUAUGUUGUGACAUAAAUCAGAUGUGGCUUGUCAUGUCAUAUUGUAUGAUACCAAAUAGUGUGGGGGAUUUCUUAUCUUUCAGUUGAUAGAUUGAUUAAAAAAUUAUGAUAAUUUUAUUAAAUCAGAAUAAAGUUGCUGAAUUAUACUUGACAUUAUGGUUUAUUGACCAGUAUUAGUUUCAAACACAAUUUAUCAGUAUCAAUUCUGGAAUGAUACAAGUAGUAUAUGGAACAUUAAUACAUUUGUGACCACCUUCUUUUUUGUUAAAUCAGUACACACAAUAUGAUGCAUUUAAGAAUUUGUUUCUAGUAAAAUUACUCAUAAAUAAUUCACAUGAACACUGGAACCUGGUUACAGUGUAGUAAAAAUGCUCUCAUUUAAAUUGAAAAACUUAGACAGUCAUGUUAGUAUUGAAAUAAUUUGCACAUUUUGUUUUUUAAUGGUUAGUAGACAAAGAAUGUUCAUAAUUAUGGCAAAUGCCUCGUGGUGUAAUUUCUUUGCAUUAGGAUUGUAAAUUGUUGUGUAUGUACUAAACAACAAUAAACAACAACAAACCAAACUGUUGAAUGCAAGACUCUGAGGAUUUAACGGUUAGGAAAGAUUUAAACUUAUUGAAAAGAUGUACUGAUCUUAUUACUUUGCUAUUAUCAAUUGUUCAGACUAAAAUACAUGUACUGGUCAAAGAUAAACAUGUUGUUGAAAUGGAUUUGUGUGGUUCAAAACUCCACAUCUCUGUAUUGUAUAUUGUAUUAUUGUUAACAGAUGAUGCAUAAGCUUGUGAUAUUGUGUAUUUAGUUGAGAGAUUUUAAUUAAUAUAAAAAUAAAGCUUUAUUUUAUCUGCUUCAUAACAAACAUGUUCUGUUUGCAUGCAUGACAACUGUAAUUUUUUUAUCAAAGUGUGCUUGUGUACACCUGAAUUAUUCAUGGGGUUGACUAUAACUAUUUUUGAAAAAAGACUGUUAUAUAAUGAGUUACUAUAUUAUUAAACAUUGCAUAAUGUCAUACUUACAAUUAAUUUCUGUCACUUACCUAGCCUUCAAUUUUAGCCUUCUUACAUGUGGCUAUAAAUACACAGAUCUCUUUUACAUUGUUUCUUCUUUAAGAAACCUUCUCUCAUUAGAAACAAACACGGCUUUUCAGAAACUCGGUCAUGUACGCUUAUAUCCAUGAUUAUUUUGAUUUACGUGAAUGUUGUGUACCCUUGUGGCUUUCAUAGAAAUCUGAAUGAAAAAGAGUAAAAAAUAAAGUGUUGAAACUGUG